AUGCUGGCCGCCCGUGCUUUCUCUGCGCCCAUUGGCAGGCAGUCCCUCCGCGUCGCGCCCCGCGCCGCUGGCGUUGUCGCCUUCCAGAGGUUCUACUCCGCCCAGGGCGAUCGUGUCGCCAAGUUCAACGGUGUCAAGGAUGCCAGCGGCAAGUACCCCGUCAGCUUGAUUGAGGGUGACGGUAUCGGCCCCGAGAUCUCGGACGCCGUCAAGAACAUCUUCGCUGCUGCCAAGGCCCCCAUCUCUUGGGAGCCUAUCGAUGUCACCCCCAUCCUGAAGGACGGCAAGACUGCCAUUCCCGAUGCUGCCAUUGAGAGCAUCAAGAGGAACAAGAUUGCCCUUAAGGGUCCCCUGGCCACCCCCAUCGGCAAGGGUCAUGUCUCUCUCAACCUGACUCUCCGCCGCACUUUCAACCUCUUCGCCAACCUGCGCCCCUGCCGCUCCAUUGCUGGCUACAAGACCCCCUACGACGGUGUUGACACUGUCCUCAUCCGCGAGAACACCGAGGGCGAGUACUCGGGCAUCGAGCACGUCGUCGUUGAUGGCGUCGUCCAGAGCAUCAAGCUCAUCACCCGCGAGGCCAGCGAGCGCGUCCUCCGUUACGCCUUCCAGCACGCCGAGUCGAUCGGCCGCAAGAAGGUCCGCGUCGUCCACAAGGCCACCAUCAUGAAGAUGUCUGACGGUCUCUUCCUCAACGUCGCCCGCGAGGUCGCCAAGGACUUCCCCAACAUUGAGUUCGACGCCGAGCUCCUCGACAACUCGUGCCUCAAGAUGGUCACCGACCCCCUCCCCUACAACGACAAGGUCCUCGUCAUGCCCAACCUGUACGGUGACAUUCUGUCCGACAUGUGCGCCGGUCUCAUCGGCGGUCUCGGCCUCACUCCUUCCGGCAACAUCGGCGACGAGUGCUCCAUCUUCGAGGCCGUCCACGGCUCCGCCCCCGACAUUGCCGGCCAGGGCCUCGCCAACCCCACCGCCCUCCUCCUCAGCUCCAUGAUGAUGCUGAGGCACAUGAACCUGACCGAGUACGCCGACAGGAUCGAGAAGGCCGCCUUCGCCACCCUUGCCGAGGGCAAGGCGCUCACCGGUGACCUUGGCGGCAAGGCCAAGACUCACGAGUUUGCUUCUGCCAUUAUUUCCAAGCUGUAA